AGCUCCAAAAGCUCACAUCUACGCCAUUGCAAUGAAUGUGAAAGUGAAAGGACUUUACGUUCACGUUAUCUUCAAGUAUCAAGUAUCACUUCAUCUAAAGCAGCAGAUCGUUUUAUGAGAAGCAGUAAAGCAUUUCUUUUUGUCUGAUCCUAUAGUAAUACUAAGAUGGCAUCAGGAAGCAGCAAUUCUUUCUCAUGGUGGUGGCCACAAAAGGGUUCUUCAGUAUCUUUCCAGGGCAUCCGAUCUCCUAUAGAGUCAAAUAUAAAGUGUUUCGUUUGUAAAAGUGGAAAUACACUGAAUUCCCACAAGUACUUCAUAGAUCGUCUUAAAGAACAAAUACCUCUGCAGGAGGUGCUUACAGAGAAUGCGUGUGAUUUCAUUCUGGUUUUCUGCCCUAUUGUGUCACGAGCUGGAACUGACAUUGAUGCAGCAGUGAAAAAGCUUCAGAAUAUUUCAGAAACCAAACCUGCUGUUCUGGUGGUGCUCCAUCACACGUUUGAUCGAGAGUGUGUUGUACCAGACAGCAGCAGAGUUGUAACCAGAAAAAACAUGAUUGCAGUCGACUGUCUGUUCCAUGAAGAUCAGGGAUUACUGCAGUGUUCUAAGAAUGAUGAAUCACUGUCCACAACUACAAAAUAUAUAAAAUCUCAGGUGAAAGUACUACAUAAAAACGUGAGGAAGCAAGGAGAAGGUGUAAAGUCAGAUCUAGACCUGAGAAUCAGAGCAAAAAGCAAUGAAGAGAAAGAUGCACUACUCGAAGACACGAAUAUGAAACUAGUGAAGAUGACUAAUGAGGCAGAGGAAAGCAAAAAUAUUCAACAUGAGAGAGAUCAGCAACUGAACCAAAAAUACGCACACAUACAGAAAGCACAAGAACUUGUGGAGUUAAUGGAGAAAAGACUUGUGGCGUGGCAGGAAGAAAUACGUGAACAACUGAAAGGUUUUAAAAACCUUUUAGAGAUUAAUGAGAAGAUUCUUUCUGAGAAACAGGCAAAGUUAGUGAAAAUAAAUGAAAAUUUUCAAAAUGCCACUGAACAGAUUAAGGAGAAAAACAAGACACUAGAAGAGAUGGACACACAAUUAAAAGAGGUGAAGGGUGAAUUGGAAAAAACAAGUACAAAUUUAAAAGAGAAUGAGAGACAGUUGAAACAGAAAGAGAGACAACUGGAGAAUGUGGUCAAAGUGCUGGAAACCAGUAAAAAUAAACUGGCAGAAAAAGAGAGUCUUCUAACUGAGAGAGAGAGACAGCUAAUGGAAAGAUACAAACAGCUUCAGGAGAAAGACAGACUUCUGAUAGAAAAUACACAAACACUUCAGAUGAAGAACAAGACACUGGAAGAGAAGGACACACAAUUAAAAGAGGUGAAGAGUGAAUUGGAAAAAACAAAUACAGAUUUAAAAGAGAAUGAGAGACAGUUGAAACAGAAAGAGAGACAACUGGAGAAUGUGGUCAAAGAGAUGGAAACCAGUAAAAAUAACCUGGCAGAAAAAGAGAGUCUUCUAACUGAGAGAGAGAAACAGCUAAUGGAAAGAGACAAGCAGAUUCAGGAGAAAGACAGACUUCUGGCUGCACAAACACUUCAGAUGAAGGAGGAGACGCUGGAACAGAAGGGCACACAAUUCAAACAGGAGAAAGAACAAGAAGAAGAAGGUGCAAGCACAGGGGUUGGAGAAUUACCUGGGCCAAAAUGCCAUCUGGUAUUAGACAGUAAAUCACAGGAAAAUAAAGACCAACAGGUAGAGGACAUUAUAGAUAGACAGAUAGAGAAUAAAAAUGCAGAACUGAAGAACAGCGAGAAUCUGACCCAAGAGAAAGGCGCACCAUCCAAAGAUACAAAAACAGAAAUAGAGAACAUGGCUAAAGAGCCACAGGAGAGAAACAGAGCUGCACAUGAGGGAGAUGAACAACUGAAACAAGUGAAAGACACACAGGAGGCACAUAUACAAGUGGAGGAUACAGAGAAAAAUAAUGUGGAAAAGGAUGAAGACUUAAACAAGGAAAAUGAGCAUCAGAAGGGUCAAGACACACAGCACAAAGAGAAAGAAAGAUUUGCAAAUGAACAAUUAGUGACUAAUAUAAAGAGUCUAUCUGAGGCAGUGUUAACAGAAAAUAAUGAAACACUUAAGAAUGAUACUGAAGACAGAGCUCAGUUAGACAAUACACAAAAACCUCAGGUGAAGAAUGAGACAGUUGAAGAGCAGAACACACAGCUAAGUGGGGUAAAGGAUGAACUGGAGAAGGAAGUCAAUAUGUCAUCACAGGAAGAGGAGCAAGAGAAAAAGGAGCAAGAACAGCCAGGUGAUGUUCUUGCCAGAGGAACAGACAACUGAGCUGGUCAGCAAAGGCAAUUAAACAGCUUGAGAAAACAGAGAGCUUGGAAGCAACUGAAAAAAACAAGCAACAGAUUCAAGAAAAAGAUGUACUUCAAAAACUGGUUUAGAUUAAGAUGUGCAGUGUGUCUUAUGCAUCUGUAAGAAGUAGGGUCAUAACUUUUUUCAGACUGGCUUGCAUUUAUAUGCCAUUGCAGUAUUGAUUGUUAGUAUUAUGUGUGAUUACUCUUGUGCUUGUACUGAUUAUAUAUGUAUCUAUAUCUAUAAUGACUGAUUCUGCAAUUUUAAAGUCUGGUGUGAAAUCUCUCUCUUUGGUCUCAGUGAAAACUACUCUAUCCGUCUCCUCUGUAGCUUUACUACAAACAGUUAGCUGUUAUCAACACUGGAAUACGGUGAACCACCGCUGAAUGAGACAUCUAUAUAGAUUAUGUCUGUGAUCGGCAGCAAGCCAAUAAAAGUUAGAAUGGGCUAUGAGCUAAAACUGGAAAAUUGUUGGGUGGUGGGAAAAAUGUAUUUUUUCCUUAUACAUUUAAACUCUUUGUGUUAAUCACUGUAUCAUGAAAAUGUUCUUGUUGCCUCAAUUCAUUGAAUAAAUAUGACAAGG